AGAAUUUGGAUUCUCAGGGCUGCCAGCAACAAGCAGUUUAGCAAUUCUGUUUUCUCCAGUCAAAUCACUGAAAAAUCUCUGCCUAAUUUCCCAUCUGAGGGUUUAAAUAUGGAUUCUUCCCCAACAGAGGGCUCAAAUAUGGAGAAAUUGGACUUGGAGGAGCAUUUAAAGAGAAAAAAUGUUAUUGAAGAAGGCAAAUAUAUCCACAGAGCCUUUUUGGUCUACAAGAUUUACAAACCUCUUUUUUCAGACCUCAAGCUCAGGAUUCAUAAGAAGUUAAGAAAAAUCUUCAUCAUUCCUUCCUUGACUCUUGAAGAUGUCUCCAUGCGUCGCCCCUUGCGUACUGUUGGAAAUGCCUUCGUUGAAAAUGCCUUCAAAAUGAUACAUACUGAACUAGGCUUCUUGUAUGAUGUGCUCUUCACCAAGACUACCAUACUGCAAUCUGUAGUGGGCAUAAUCUUGCGUAGCAUCUGCUUCUUGUCCACUUUUGCAGCACUGGUUGCCUUCUCUAUGGUAGUUGGUAAGAGUGAUUAUCACAGGCUUGACAUUUCAAUAACUUACUUGCUGCUGGGCGGAGCAAUCUUUUUGGACAUUUACUCAGCCAUGUCACAUGCUUUCUCAUAUUGGACACUAUACUGGUUAACCAUUCCAAGCAAAUGGGUGGAUAAGCUUGUGGGCCGGUCAAUUGUUUCUUGGCUAGUCGUUCGUAGAGCCGGGAAGAAGGAAAUGAUAUCCAUGGCACAACAUAGCUUAAUAGAUUAUUGCAUCAAGGCCCAAGAAUCCUGUUGGACAAGAAUCUUGAGAGUUCUCGACAACGAAGGCAUUUUGGAGAAGUUUUGGUGGACUUCUUGGAAACCUGUAAAUUUGGACCUGAAAAAGUUCAUCUACUUGCAUCUUCAAGGGAAGUUCGAGCGAUAUCGAAGCGAAAGGAAAACUGAUAAUGGGACAAUCGAAAACAAGGUCUGUGAUGUAUUUGACCAUAAGCUGCUCUCAGAUAUAUUAAAGGAAAGGGGGGAUCAUACGCUUCAAAGAUAUAGAACGCUUUUGGAGGUUGAGUUCAAAUGGAGCACUACUGAAAUAGAAUUCGGCCACAGUAUCCUUGUCUGGCAUAUUGCAACAUAUCUUCUUUUCAAUGAUGAUAAAAAGGGAGAUUCUGGCAGUGUUCCAGGUUCAAAUUGUCAAAUUAGCAUGCUCUUAUCGGAUUAUAUGAUGUAUCUUCUGCUGGUGCGGCCACAGAUGCUCCCUAAAGGGAUUGGUGAAGUAAGGAUCCGAGAUACUCGGGAUCAGAUAAUUCGAUUCUUUAAUAGGAAGAAGUCACUCACCCCCAAUGACGCCACAAGUGCUCUGCUUGGUAUAAAAACAGACGAAACAGGCAUUCAAGAAUUUUCCAGGAGCAAAUCAGUAAUGUUUGAAGGGUGCAAACUAGCAUUUAUGUUGCAGGAAUUCGAAGGGGAAUGGGAAGGGGAUCUGGAAAAGAAAUGGCAACGGAAUCCGGAAAAGAAAUGGAAGAUGAUGGCUGAAGUGUGGAUGGAAAUGCUAACAUUUGCUGCAAACCGAUGUGAAUGGAAAGAGCAUGCCACGCAUUUGAGGAAUGGUGGAGAGUUGCUCACUCACAUAGCCCUUCUUAUGGCACAUCUUGGCCUCACUGAACACAUUCAAGUUGUGGAAAGCGGAAGAUUUACAUCCGAUCCCCAUUUGGAUUGGAAUUGGGAUCAACUUUCUGAUUUGGCUAAUUAUCUAGCAUAAUUUGAUUUUUCAAAUCCUUGAACCCUGCAAUUUUUUUUUCCUUAUAAUCAAGUAAAAAUAAAUCCGUUGUGUGUUUAAAUUUAUGAACUUGUCAAUAUUCAAUAGAGAAUCCCAUCUUUAAUUUCUAAUAUUAAUUUAUUCUUUACUAUCAUGCUUCAUAAUAAAACUAAAGUUACGUU